AUGUGGAACGACGAGGAUAAUAACCCCUAUGGGGCAUUUGAUCAGCAUGAAGCACACCUUUCGGACUCUUUACAUUCUGCCGCACUCUCACCUCCUGUUUACGAGCAUGAUUCAACUCCACCUUCCAGCCGUGAUUCCAACCUCGACCCCCCAGACUACCUAUCGCACCCGGAAGAUCUUAGUGAUCCCGAAGAAGCCGACUAUGGCGCCGCAAGUCAACAAUACCCACGUAAAAGUGCGUAUGACAGUCGCAUCGAACAGAUCCUCUACGAGAACCCAGAAAUGGCAAUUUUGAUCACAGACGCCGGCAAGAAUCAUGAGGGGGGCGGAAGCUACAUUGUGUAUACUAUCAGGACUGGGGAUCUUGAAGUUCGUCGGCGCUACUCGGAAUUUGCGUCGCUAAGGAGAACACUCGUGAAUCUUCAUCCAACUCUUAUCGUUCCGCCAAUUCCCGAAAAGCAUAGCAUGGCCGACUAUGCCGCUAAACCUACGAAGGCAAAGGAAGACACAGCAAUUAUUGAGUUGCGAAAGCGGAUGCUAGCCGUUUUCUUGAAUCGUUGUCGCCGCAUGAAAGAAAUCCGAGAAGAUGGAGUGUGGUGGCGAUUCCUAGACCCUAACGUUAGCUGGGGCGAGAUCCUCCUGUCCCACCCUGCAUCAUCCGUGAAGGAUAAUAACCUCAAGGCACCCCCUCUCGAUCCUGCAAACCCUACUCAAGCACAUAGCUGGCUGCCGGCCCCACCACCAUCCGCGAAACUCAAGACUACAGGUGGAACAAUUGUAGCUUCCGGGUCCCCUACAUCCCCAGGAGACAGCAAUGCCGAAGGUCCUCCGCCUCAAGUUUCAAGUCCUGGAGUCCUGGGACGCUUCCCCCCAGAGUCGCGAAAAUUGAGCGAACAAGAAUUAGACCCCUACUUUGUGAACUUCGAGGCUUCCACUCGCGAGCUGGAGCUCCUCUUGCAAGGGAAUAUUGAGAAAGUCAACCGCCGAACCUUGGCGCAUCUAUCGUCAUUAUCUGCUGAUCUAAUGGAGCUUGGGGCCAGAUAUAAUGGCUUUUCUUUAUCUGAGCAGUCACCAACCGUUGCAGCCGCUAUUGAACGCAUUGGACAAGCAGCGGAUACGUCUUACAUAGAAACCGAGGAGCUUUCCUCUGCGUUGAGCGCUCACUUUGCGGAGCCCAUGCGAGAAAGUGCCCAAUUUGCGAGCGUGGUCCGUAGCGUACUGCGGUAUCGAGUUCUAAAGCGAGUUCAAGAAGAUAUGACCCGAGAUGAGCUGGCCAAGAAGAAGACUUUACUAGAUUCACUUGAGCGCAGCGAGAUGGAAGCCAAACGAAUUGAACAAUAUCUCAACCGCAGCGAUUCUCAAUCCCGGAGCAGACCACAGCGCUCCUUAUCAACUUCAUCCGCAGUCAGCGCCGAGGGCGACACUAUCCCGAGCGCAUCAACCGAAUCUGAAUUCCCCCCUACACAUGGUGACUCUAUCAGUCCUUCACCUCCAUCUCAGGCUGGAUCCGCUUCACCAGCAUCUCCUCCCGCGCACCGGAAAACCUCAAGUGGAAAUUUCGUCGCAAACAAAAUUUUUGGCCGUAUCAGUCAUGCUAUUCACGGCUUUGCCGAUGUGGAUCCCGAACGAACUCGACGGGAUCAAAUAGGAAAAACUAAGGAGAGUCUCAUUCAGCUGGAGCAAGCAUUGGUGGUUUCGGAGAAGGAUGUCAAAGACGCUAGUUCGGGAGUUCUGCAAGAUCUGCGACGCUUCCAGAAGGACAAGGAAGUGGAUCUUCGGCGCUACAUGGUCGCUUAUGCACGUUGCCACUUGGAUUGGGCUCGUAAGAACCUCGAGACUUGGACAGAAGCUAAGGAUGAGGUGGACAAGAUCGUUGCUCGGUAA